AUGUUUCGAACAUGUACCAAAGCAAUUCUUCCACUCUCCAAACUUCGAGCUCCAAUGCAUCAAACUUACGCUAGGGUUGCAGCUGCACCAAUCAUAGAAGACAAAGUUGAACCUCUUGUUAACCUAGACAAAAUGUUUUGGGCUAAACCAUGUUCUUUGGCACUGCCCCGUGACUCGCCUCUAAGAGUUGAUGAACCUGAUUAUCAGGGGGUUAAGCGAUUCAUGCUCAAACUCAUGCUGUUUUAUAGUAAGCAGAGCAAAUCAAUUCGAGGGGCUAAUGUUGUUUACAAAAGAAUCGUCUCUCAAGUUGAUAAACCGCUUAUUUAUGAAGUGUUUAACUUGGAGAAAACAUUCAAAACAACAUUCUCUUUGCUUGUACUUCACAUGUGGUUUUACUUGCGCCGCAUCAAGCAAGAGGGAAGUGAGGGUGUUGAAUUUGGCCAGUACCUUUAUGAAAUUUACAAUCACGAUGUGGAAGUUAGAGUGUCUAAAGCUGGGGUUAACCUACUAUUGAUUAAGUGGAUGAAGGAGCUUGAGAAGAUUUUUUAUGGGAAUAUUGUUGCUUACGAUGCUGCUAUACUGCCAGAAGCUAAACCGGGUGAUUUCGCCAGUAUUAUAUGGAGGAAUAUAUUCUCUGACGAUGGUUCUUCAACACCAGACAAAGCUGCAUUGCAAUCAGUGCAGGCAUUGGCCAGGUAUGCUCAGAGGGAAGUAAGUUGCAUGACUUUAACAGAUAAAGAAGCACUAUUAUCAGGGAAUUUCAUGUUUACCUCUUUGAAGCAUGAGAUCAAAAGCAAAGAAGGGCACCAAUUAUGA